UUCGCUUUUAUUUUUCUUAUUUAUUUGUACACGAUGCAUUUCGUUCGUGGCGAAGCACAGUAUUGCUAAUGGAAUCAGUGGUUUGGUACUAGCGGUUCACGCUUUGUAAAUAGUACGGUUUCUUUUGUCUGAUGUUGGAUCUCAAAAUCUGGAAAUGGCCGGAAGAGGAAAAGGCGAUCCAAACAAGCUUACUUCUCUCUUACUCCAACCACCCAAUUCCGGCUUUUCUUGGAACCAGAUGUCAGGUGGCAACAUUUUGAUGCCUGUGUCUCAGCUUGAUGCCAAUACUGAAGGGAGUGGCACGUCGACGUACCAGGCCACAGAUGGAACGCAGCCUCCAACCAACGUUGCCACAAGCAUGCAAGAAACUGUGCCGUCAGGACCAUUCUCCCAGCUGCAACAGCCACUGAGACCAAUGCAGUCGCCGUCCCAGACUACUGCACAGUCUAGAGAGCAAACUCCUUUGAAGCAGCAACCAGUUGUAUCACCUUUUCCUCAGGGUAUACCACAGCCCCCCACUGCAUCAUAUGCACCCACACAGCAGAUCCCUCUGCAAGACCCCGCAAAUAGUUCUCCUGUAGGACCACCACCAAUGGGUCCUCCGCGGGAUUUUCAUCGACAGUCGCCGUUCACACACGCGACGUUAUCUGGUUCAGUUCUUCCACCUCCGAACCCAACGCCGCCUCCCUAUAUGGCAGCAGCGGCUGUUGCCACACAACUAACUACAACAACAACGCCACUUAUGCCUACGUCACCGCCCGUGACGCCAUCAAUGCCACCUAUGGGAACCUCGCAGGACCAGAGCCAGUUUGUGGGCUAUGCAGCUGAGCAGCGAGCGAUGGUGCCUUCUCCUCCGUCGUCGGCCCCUUACGUCCCGGUGAAGCCACACUGGUUUUUUAACAAAGAAAUAGAAAAGAAGAGUAUAUGGAUACCUUUCACUAUGCUGGAUUCUUCUAACCUGGAGGAAACGGUGAUGCGGAACGGAGCCAGUGAAGACACCGUGAUUUCGACUGACGGCGGACGUUACGACGUCCAUGUACAUUCGCGCCUGCGCUACCCCGUCUAUUGGGAAGAGCAGCCCACAGUUGUCCGACGGUGUUCCUGGUUCUACAAGGUCGAAGGGCAGAAUCGUUUUGUUCCUUACGAAGAGGACAUUGCUGCAAUCCUCGAGGAGCACUAUCAGAAGGCCGUCUCAACGGGUGUCUGGCACCAACGUCUCGAGCUUCCCGGAAACCAGGUGGUAGUCAUGCACAGCACGAGUGUCAUGGUGCAUUUCUUGCCUUCGAGUCAUCCAGAUGAAUGGGGAAACAUCAGCGAGGGCCAGACGAGACCUCGUGUUGUAAAGAGAGGCGUAGAAGAAGUCGAGACAAUUGAGGACGGUGAACCUACUCAGGUGGAUCAUGUAGUAUUUGUCGUGCACGGUGUUGGCUCUGUCUGUGAUUUCCGAUUUCGAUCAGUGGAAGAAUGCUUGGAUGACAUCAGGAAUAUCUCUCUCGGUCUCACUAAAACUCAUUUUGCUGCCCCACUCCACGAGGGCAAAAUUGGCCGUAUAGAAUUUCUUCCCGUCUCCUGGCAUUCUACGCUUCACGGAGAUGCAACGGGCAUAGACAGCGCGCUGAAGCACAUUACACUGAAUAGCAUUCCAAAGCUUCGCCACUUCACAAACGACACCCUGUUGGACAUACUCUUUUACACAAGCCCUGUGUACUGCCAGACGAUUGUCGACACUGUUGGAUCUGAGAUGAGCCGUCUGUACGACAAGUUCAUGGAAAGGAAUCCAAACUUCACCGGCACCGUAGCGCUGGCGGGGCACAGUUUAGGUUCUUUGAUCUUGUACGACAUUCUUUCGCAUCAGCCACGCCCUGGUUCUCAGGUGGUGUCCAAUGAAGUACCACCAGAACCACCCGCUCCCAUGUCUACACUGGAAAAACCCGCUGUGCUGCAACCACCUCCGACAAGUGAAGGUCCACAGGAUGCUGCAUCUGAAACAGUGAGCCUCCCCACAGUUGAGUCUAUUUUCGACGAGCUGUCUCUGGGUGAUUUCGUCGAUAAAAUCCGUGAAGAAAGGGUGGAUUUGGAUACUUUGAAAAUGUGCACAGAAGGUGACCUAAAGGAAAUGGGACUUCCAAUGGGACCUCGGAAGAAGCUACUUUCCUACAUGAAAGGUCUUGCCCAAAAGCAGGAGCAGGAGAAAGGUGUGAAGGAACAGUGCAAGGGUGUGGCACCCGAAACACCUGUACAACCUCCGACGACUCAGCCGCAGUCCCUUGAAAGCUACAAACGGGAAAGCCUUGCAUCCGUCAACUAUUCUGUGGGGCUUGGCGGCACGGGGCAGAUUUCUGUGAGCUACCCAAUGAUAAACUUCAAUCCAAGCUGCUUUUUUGCCUUGGGGUCACCCAUUGCAAUGUUCUUGGUGGUCAGAGGCAACGAGACACUUGGAGAUGACUUCCGCCUGCCGACCUGCCCUGCAUUCUUCAACAUUUUUCAUCCUUUCGAUCCAGUGGCUUACAGGAUUGAGAACUUGAUAGAUCCCAACUUUACGGCACCUCCCGUACUGAUACCUCAUCACAAGGGGCGGAAAAGAAUGCACCUCGAGUUGAGGGAGAGCCUUAGCCGGAUGGGGUCUGAUUUGAAGCAGAAAUUGGUGGACUCCCUGCGCUACACGUGGAACUCCAUCCAUGAUUUUGCACGAGCACAUCGCUUCUCCGCUGCUCAGGUGGAAGCGGAGAUGGAUAGCAUUGUACAGGAAGAGAUAAAGAGGCAAGAAGAGGCAACUGAAACAGAAAGUACAGUUACUACAUCCGACCUGCAAGGAGUUGAAGACUUAGGAGUUGGGCAAUUGAAUGGUGGAAGACGCAUCGAUUAUGUCUUGCAGGAGAAGCCAAUAGAGAGUUUCAAUGAAUACCUGUUCGCUUUGGCAAGCCAUGCCUGCUAUUGGGAGUCCGAGGACACUGUACUUCUCAUCUUGAAAGAAUUGUACGCCCUUAAUGGAAUAGCCCCAAAAGUUCCGGGUCGUUCGUAUUCCCAGCCCAAGGUACAACUGUACAAUCCUGCCAUUCAGAGCAGUCCUUUUCAGUCACCUGUGCAUGGCUAUCAAAGCAGCCCCAGCAUUGAGCUGCAAAAUGCCCAGAGGAUGUCACCAGUAGUGAGCCCACAGGCAACGAUCCCCGCUGCUGGCGUGGCGUCGUCCUUAGGCCCCGUAGCCCCUCCACCUCUCCAGGGGUUUGUGAGAACAUCACCCCUUGUAAGAAAGUGAGGGACUCUACAUUGCCAACAAGAACUCAGAAGUAUCUCGUGUUGAACGACCCAGCGGCCUGUAUCUGACCCGAGUCCAUUGUACCAAGGAGGGACUCAAUAAAUAAGGCACUUCGGUACCCUCUGGGAUGAGAGACAAGAAAAACUAGGACAAGCAGGAGAUGGCUCUGAUGAUGUUGGCUUGGAAACCGCUAACAUAGGAGUUUAAAUUAUACACAAGAUUUUGUUGCAUUCAGUCAUGUGAUCAGGUCAUUUGCGCCUGUAAAAUAUAAUGCCGGCACUAAGUGGUUUUUAUGGGUUUUCAGAGAAGUUUGUUAUUGAGGCUGUCACUCCUGUUGUUUGUUUUAUUAAAUGUAUAUCAAAGUACA